UCGCCUAAAAUACAUUUUAACCUGGGAGCUACAAAGUGUUUGGCAGUAGACAUCGAUACAAUGGUCACAAGUGCAGUUUUAUCUCAGGGCAAUCUGGGCUCCUGCAACCACCAGCGCCUGUGACUUUACUCUGUGUCCCCAUCCUCCAAUUUCUGAGCAGUUUUGGGGAGUUCAAGCUCUCUCCAAGCAGUGGGACCAUGCUGGAGGAUGAGGAUGGGAUGAGCGAGAGGGGGCUCAGCAGUUCCAGGAGGAGAUACGACGAUGAGGAAGAUUACCACUCCAUCUAUAUUGGGGUGCCGGUGCCCCGGGGCUACCGGAGAAAACGGCGUCGGCGAAGAUCUGCCUCCAGCCGGGACAGAACAAGUGAGAGCGAGCGGCACUACGAGCGCCAGGAUCGCUCUGACACCGAUGACGGUGGCCACGGCUGCUACGAGAGUGGCAACGAAAAUGCCAGCAGGACCAUGUCCCCGGCUGCCGAACGCCUCCGCUACAUCCUGGGGGAAGAUGAUGAGGCUCCCAACCCCACGCUCUUCACAGAGAUGGACACCCUGCAGCACGACGGCGAGGAGAUGGAGUGGAAAGAGUCAGCCAGGUGGAUCAAGUUUGAAGAAAAGGUGGAGGAAGGUGGGGAGCGGUGGAGCAAGCCCCACGUGUCCACGUUGUCUUUGCACAGCCUGUUUGAGCUGCGGACCUGCCUACAGACGGGAACGGUGCUCCUGGACUUAGAUGGCUACUCUUUGCCCCAGAUUAUUGAUGAUGUCAUUGAGAGGCAGAUCGAGGAUGGUCUGCUCAAGCCAGAGCUGAGGGAGAAGAUAAGCUAUGUGCUCCUCAGGAAGCACCGUCACCAAACCAAGAAGCCAAUCCACCGGUCCUUGGCUGAUAUUGGCAAGUCUGUCUCCUCCAACACCAGCCGCAGCCCCAUCCGGAGCCCGGCCGCCGGUGCUGCCUUCCACCGUUCCACCGAGGACCUGCGGAUGCGGCAGAGUGCAAGCUACGGGCGCCUGCGUCAUGCGCAGAGUCGGAGCAUGAAUGACAUCUCGGGACACACCAAGCACGAUCAGCUGAAGAACAAGUUCAUCAAGAAGAUCCAAGACGCGGAGGCCUCCAAUGUGCUGGUGGGAGAAGUGGAGUUCCUAGAGAAGCCUUUUGUGGCUUUUGUGCGGCUCCUGCAGGCAACGAUGCUGGGAGGGGUGACAGAGGUGCCCGUCCCCACCAGGUUCCUCUUUAUUCUCCUUGGUCCUGCGGGAAAAGCCAAAUCCUACAACGAGAUUGGCAGAGCCAUCGCGACCCUCAUGGUGGAUGAUCUUUUCAGUGAUGUUGCCUACAAAGCCCGGGAUAGAGAAGACCUAAUUGCUGGCAUAGAUGAGUUUUUAGAUGAAGUCAUCGUCCUACCACCCGGCGAGUGGGACCCCAACAUUAGGAUUGAGCCACCCAAAAAAGUGCCCUCAGCUGAGAAGAGGAAAUCAGUUUUCUCACUGAAUGAAGUGGGGCAGAUGAAUGGUACAGCGGGUGGGGCAAGUGCCGGCGGCGGUGGAGGAGGCAGCGAUGAUGGGGAGAUGCCUGAAGUUCACGAAAUCGGAGAAGAGCUCACGUGGACUGGCAGGUUUUGUGGUGGCCUCUAUCUGGAUAUCAAGAGGAAGCUGCCCUGGUUUCCAAGCGACUUCUAUGAAGGCUUUCAUAUCCAGUCCAUCUCUGCCAUCUUGUUCAUCUACCUGGGCUGCAUCACCAAUGCCAUCACGUUUGGGGGCUUGCUUGGGGACGCUACAGAAAACUACCAGGGCGUCAUGGAGAGCUUCCUUGGCACGGCGAUGGCAGGCUCCAUGUUUUGCCUCUUCGCUGGGCAGCCGCUCAUCAUCCUCAGCAGCACUGGCCCCAUCCUCAUCUUCGAGAAGCUGCUCUUUGACUUCAGCAAAGGCAACGGCAUUGACUACAUGGAGUUCCGUCUCUGGAUCGGCCUCCACUCUGCCCUACAGUGCCUUAUCCUGGUGGCCACGGACGCCAGCUUCAUUAUAAAAUACAUCACCCGCUUCACUGAGGAAGGCUUCUCCACCCUCAUCAGCUUCAUCUUCAUCUAUGAUGCCAUCAAGAAGAUGAUGGGAGCCUUUAAGUACUAUCCCAUCAAUUCGGACUUCAAGCCGGACUACGUGACCAUGUACAAAUGCGAGUGCAUUGCUCCCGACCCAGCCAACGCGACCUUGUUCGAUGCUUCAGCUCCAGUAGCACCAAACACCACUAACGUUUCUCUGUACAAUACUAUUAACCUCACAGCUCUGGACUGGACUCAGCUGAGUAAGAAGGAAUGUCUCAAAUACGGCGGCAGCUUAGUAGGGAAAUCCUGUAAAUUUGUGCCCGACCUGGCCCUCAUGUCCUUCAUCCUCUUCUUCGGGACCUACUCCAUGACCUUGACCUUGAAAAAAUUCAAAUUCAGCCGCUAUUUCCCCACCAAGGUCAGGGCUUUCAUUGCUGAUUUUUCCAAUGUCUUCUCCAUCCUCAUUUUCUGCGGAGUGGAUGCCUGUUUCGGACUGGACACCCCCAAGCUCCAUAUCCCCAGUAUCAUCAAGCCCACCCGCGUGGACCGAGGGUGGUUCGUGUUUCCCUUCGGGAAGAACCCAUGGUGGGUGUACCUAGCAAGCGCCCUGCCCGCCCUCCUUGUCACAAUCCUCAUCUUCAUGGACCAGCAGAUCACAGCAGUCAUCGUCAACAGGAAGGAACACAAGCUGCGGAAAGCAGCGGGCUACCACCUGGAUCUCUUCUGGGUGGGCAUUCUCAUGGCUGUUUGCUCCUUCAUGGGGCUGCCCUGGUAUGUGGCAGCCACCGUCAUCUCCAUCGCCCACAUUGACAGCUUGAAGAUGGAGACAGAGACCAGCGCCCCAGGGGAGCAGCCCCAAUUCCUGGGUGUCAGGGAGCAGAGGGUAACAGGCAUCAUCGUCUUUGUGCUGACGGGCAUUUCUGUCUUCCUGGCUCCUAUCCUGAAGUACAUCCCCAUGCCGGUGCUCUACGGCGUCUUUCUGUACAUGGGUGUCGCAUCGCUGAACGGCAUCCAGUUUUGGGACCGCUGCAAGCUCUUCCUCAUGCCUGCCAAGCACCAACCUGAUUAUGUCUUCCUCCGACACGUGCCACUGCGACGCAUCCACCUGUUCACACUGGUGCAGAUCAUCUGCCUGGCCGUUCUCUGGAUCCUCAAAUCCACCGUGGCCGCUAUCAUCUUCCCCGUCAUGAUUUUAGCCCUGAUCCUGGUGAGGCGGUUGCUGGAUUUUGUCUUCUCCCAACAUGACCUGGCUUGGAUUGACAACCUCAUCCCCGAGAAAGAGAAGAAGAAGGAGGAUGACAAGAAGAAGAAGAAGAAAGGCAACAAAGGAGACAGCAGUAGUGAUGAGGAGGAAAGAGGUCCUCCACCUGGAGCUUUGCGUUCUGAUUCCUCCCCGAAUGGUUCAGACAUGGAUCGCAGUAUUACGCUUCACCUGAAGAUCUCAUGCCCAUCGUCUCCCGCAUUUAACUACUCCCGAAACCCCAUCUGUGCUGUGCCCCAGGUGAAGAUAGAGAUGGAGUCAGACUACGAGGACACCGACACCGAAAAACAGCCCCGGGACAUGGGCAGUGAGACCACGCUAUAGCCCCGCGCAGCGCUUCCUCUGCCAUUUAUAUAUAUAGAGAUAUUUAUAUAUUCAUAUAUAUAUAUAUAUAUGAAGCAAAUUGGGCUUAUUUUUCUGUAUGAGAUGGAGGAGACCGGUGGCCUCAGGGCUCUGUUGCUGCAGUAGCUUUUAGUGCCACAAGUUAAACGUGUUGUUGAAUUUCCACCCUUUCUGCCACACAAAAACAUCACUGCUGGCAGCAAAACAAGGCUGAAAGGGUGGAAUUGGUGAUUUUGGCCUCCACUCGCCCUGGAGCCGCUGCUGGGCUGGAGGAGCUGAGGGUGGCCGGGGCUGUGGGAGCAGCUGGGAUGCUGAUGGGACAGGGACUGUGCUGGGGGGAUGUUUUCAAGGGGGAUUUUAGAGUAGGGAGGAUUGCAUGGCUGAGAAGGAAGAGGGAGAGCGCAUCCCUGCUUCCCAGUCCCUGGAAUUGCAGGGCGGCUCUGGAGGAGGCUUGUUUUGGGAAAGGGAUGGAGCAUCAGCCUUUGAUUUGGUGAGAGGAUGCUGGUCCAAGCCCAACACAAGGGGAGUCCCUGCUCGCGGUGGGACAGCGGGGACACAGGAGGGACGUGCGGCUCUGUUAGCCCGGUUGGGACACGUAGGAGGGGACGAGGAGCUAAGCAGGGUUGUGAAGGAGCAGAGGGCCUGGAGAGAUGCCUGAGGAAGGGAAGGAGGAGCAGAAGCCAGGCUGCAGUGGGAGAGCAGAGCAGGGAAUGGGGCCUUGGUUUCUGUAGGGAGUCAGGAGUGGUUUCUGCAGGCAGCAGGGCACAGUUUCUACUGGGAAACAGGAGUGGUUGCUGCAGCAAAGCCCUUUGGUCGCCCGUCCCCACGCCCUCACCUGCAGCUCUCCCCAAGGGGCUGAUAACGGCCCUAUCUCUGCCUCCAGACUGGAGCAAGAGGUGCCCGAGCCGUUCUCCCGCUGGAGGAGCCGCUCUGCCUGCCCAGCCCCUCCACCGGGGGUUUGCACCCACUUAACUCCUGAUUAUUCGCACUUGGUUUCACAUCAAGUGGCUCAUAACAGGGAGGGGAAAGUGAGCAUGUCCCCUGUCCACAUGCCCACCAAUGGUCUUAGGCUCUCCACUUGGUCUCGGUUGGUGUUCUGGCUCCGAAAGGGGCUCUUCCCACCCAUCGCUGCCUUGGGUCCUCCAGGAAAGGAAGGGAGAAGGUUGGGUGUCAGCACAGGCACCGAGCUCUGUCAGCUCUGCCCAGCUCUCACCACCUUUUUUUCCAGCGGCACCAAGGCUUUUAAAGGGUUUUUUCCUCCCAUGGGCUAAGCUCAUCUGCAGUUUAGAGACACUGGUCUGAAAGAACACUCUCAAUUCUGUUUCUUUUACUCAUUUUUGCUAGACAGAUUCUUUUCUUUUGCUCCAUUUCAAGGCUGAGAGAGCCCCAACCCUUUCCCCAGGCAGGAACAGCCUGGUGUUUCCACCAGCCAGAGGGGCAGUCUGGGACCCCAGUUCAAUAUUGCAAAUGGUUUGAACCACGUGUGGGACAGAUUCCACUUCUCUGUAAACAGCCCAGUCCAACAAGAAACACUUGAAUGCAGUUUCUUAUCUUUAGCAAUUGUUUCUGGUCCGAGUGCACCUGUGGAAACACAGCCCGAGGAAUAACCCUGCGCUACUCCCAUCACUGCUGAAGUGAGAGCCACGUAGCCUGAUGUUAACAAUAAGAACUCUUUCACGUUGAACACACCGUGUCUGCUCUGUAGUGUCUUGUACCGGUUUCCUGUUGGCAGCUGAAGCCUGGUAGAGGUGGGCUUAAUGAUUUUCAUCACCCACGUUAAUUUUCUUCACCCAGUGCAUCAGCUUGGCUAUGCAGCAGCCCCAGAAAGACUUGGUGGACUCUGGUCAAUGUUUCCUACAGCAGAGCAGAGGUCACUCCAGCAUCCAGCUUGUUUUGACUAAAUUCGCCCAUUUUGCAAAGUUCACUCCCGGUUUAUACUUUUUGUAUCUGAAAACAGUGGAGCGUCUCAGAUCCACCACCUCCAGUACAGAACCGCUUUGGCCUUUUUGUAUUUAUCAGUGAUAGAACCCAA